GUGAAGUGGAGAUGCAGGAGGGAGGAGAGUGGAUAUAAGGAGGGUGCUGCAGAGUGACAGUCUACAUUGACAGCAGAUCAGGCAGAAGGAUGAGUAGGACUCUGUUGUGGCUUGUGGCCUCUCUGGCCUUUGCCUCGCUCACUUCUCUGGCUGAUGGAGCUCCAUUGCAGGUGAUGUCUGCCCCCAACUUGUUGCGGGUAGGAACACCAGAAAACAUCUUUGUGGAGUGUCAAGACUGCACAGGAGGAGACAUCAGGGUCGAUAUCAAAGUGAUGAAUCAUCCAACCAAAACCAAAGAACUGGCAACCACAUCUGUGACCCUCACUACAGCAAACAACUUCCAGGAGUUUGGAAAAUUAACGAUCCCAGCUGGUGACUUCAACAAAGAUCCCAGCAUUAAACAGUAUGUGUACCUGCAAGCUCGGUUCCCUGACCGACUGCUGGAGAAAGUCGUCUUAGUGUCCUUCCAGUCUGGGUACAUCUUCAUCCAGACAGACAAGACCCUCUAUACCCCCAACAGCGAUGUUCGUUUCAGGGUAUUUGCACUGACGCCCCGCAUGGAGUCCACAGAGAUCGGACUCCAAACUAUUGACAUUGAGAUUGUGACCCCUGAAGGCAUAAUUCUACUACCAUUUCGUACUGCAGUCUCUCUGAAAUCAGGGAUCUUCUCUGGAAAGUACACACUUCCUGAAAUUGUUAGUUUUGGACUAUGGAAGGUGGUGGCGAGGUUUACAGACAGCCCACAGCAGAGCUACACUGCAGAGUUUGAGGUCAAAGAAUAUGUGCUGCCCAGUUUUGAGGUGAAACUGAUACCACAGAGCCCUUUCUUCUAUGUGGACAGUGAAGAGCUCUCAGUGGACAUCAAAGCUACAUAUCUAUUUGGUGAAGAGGUGAAUGGUAUGGCCUACGUGUUGUUUGGGGUUAUACAAGAGGGCCAAAAGAAUAGCUUUCCAAGUUCUCUACAGAAUGUGCAGGUCUUAAGAGGUGAAGGAAAGGUCACACUGAAGAGAGAACACAUCACAGACACUUUCAGAAACAUCCAAGACCUGGUGAGGAGUUCCAUAUUUGUAGCUGUCAGAGUGCUGACGGAGAGCGGUAGUGAAAUGGUGGAGGCAGAGUUGAAAGAUAUCCAGAUUGUAAAUUCACCAUACAGCAUCCACUUCACGAAAACACCCAAAUAUUACAAACCAAGAAUGUCCUUUGAUGUUACGGUUGAAGUUCUUAAUCCUGAUGGCUCUCCAGCAGAAGGUAUUACAGUGGUAGUCAAUCGUAGUCCGGAGGAGGGCCGCACUGGAGCCAAUGGCAUUGCAAGACUUACCAUCAAUACAGACGGAACAACUGGCAGACUGAUAAUCACCGCAAAUACCGCUGAUGAUCGUAUUACACCUGAAAGACAAGCAUCAGCCACCAUGGUAGCUCUCCCAUAUAUCACCAAAAACAACAAGUACAUCCACAUAGGUGUGGAUGGAGCAGAGGUGAAAUUAGGACAAAGACGGAAAGUCAACUUCUACAUACCCCCGAUGGAAAUUACACCAUCUGACAUGACAUACCUGAUCUUGAGUAGAGGUCAGCUGGUGUCAUAUGGCCGUUACAAGACAGAACAACUGAUUUCCAUGAUGGUUCCCAUUACCAAAGAAAUGCUGCCAUCAUUCCGCAUCUUAGCCUACUACCAUACAAAUGACAAUGAAGUGGUAUCAGAUUCUGUGUGGGUGGAUGUCGAGGACUCCUGCAUGGGCUCGCUGAAGCUGGAACAAUCGAGACCUGUUACAUCGUAUGAACCUCGUAAGAGGUUUCUUCUGAAGGUCACUGGAGACCCAGAAGCCACAGUGGGUCUGGUGGCAGUUGACAAAGGCGUCUACAUUCUAAACAACAAGCACCGCCUCACACAGAAAAAGGUGUGGGACAUUGUAGAGAAGUAUGACACAGGCUGCACACCAGGUGGAGGAAAGGACAGCAUGAGUGUGUUCUAUGAUGCUGGGCUGUUGUUCGAGUCCAGCACGGCCUCUGGGACUCCCUAUAGACUAGAAUUGAAAUGUCCAGCGCCCAGCAGGAGAAGAAGAAACACUAUAAUGGAGGUCACCACCAGUUUAGUGAGUCAAUAUAAAGACCAACUGCAACGUGACUGUUGUUUGGAUGGCAUAAAGGACAUUCCUGUUUCAUACACCUGUGAGAGGCGCAGUGAGUACAUCACAGACGGUGCAGCUUGUGUCGAGGCCUUCCUGCAUUGUUGUAAGGAGAUGGAAAGCCAGCGAGCUGAGAGGAAGGAGGACAACCUCCAACUGGCUCGCAGUGACAGCAGUUACAUGAACAUCCGUGAAAUUGUUCUUCGCACAAAAUUCCCUGAAAGUUGGCUGUGGAAAGAUAUCAAACUGCCUGCUUGCCAAACACCAAACUGUGACACCACAUCAGUUGUGGAAAAUGUUGCUUUGCAAGAUUCAAUCACAACCUGGCAGUUCACUGGCAUUAGUCUGUCAAGAACUCACGGAAUCUGUGUCGGCAAUCCAUUAGAGAUCAUUGUCCGCAAGGACUUCUUCAUUGAUCUCAGACUUCCCUAUUCUGCUGUCCGGGGAGAGCAGAUAGAAAUUAAGGCAAUCCUCCACAACUACAGCCCUGAUCUUAUCACUGUGCGUGUGGAUCUGAUUGAGGAGGAACAUGUGUGCAGUGCAGCUCAUAGGCGUGGGAAGUAUCGUCAGGAGGUUAAAGUUGGGGACCUAACUACACGAUCUGUAUCCUUCAUCAUUAUUCCCAUGAAGGAAGGAAAAUAUCCUAUUACGGUCAAAGCAGCUGUUAAAGACUCAUCGCUCAAUGAUGGAAUCAUGAAGAUGCUGCGGGUGGUGUCUGAAGGUGUUAUGACGAAAUCAUCUAAGAUUAUAAUUAUGGACCCAACUAAUAAAGGUGUAGGUGGUACACAGAAAGAAAUAAUCAGCAGUAACAUUCUGAAGAAAGAUAUGGUUCUAAAUUCACCUACUAACACAGAAAUCUCUGUGACAGGAAGAGAACAAGUAUCUCCACUGGAAAACGCCAUUAGUGGUAACUCAAUGGGUAGUUUGAUCUUCCAGCCUUGGGGCUGUGGAGAGCAGAAUCUGGCCCGCAUGACCCUGCCUGUCAUUGCAACCAUAUAUUUGGACCAAACCAACCAGUGGGAAGCUGUGGGUUUUGACAAACGCAAGGAAGCCCUCCAACACAUAAAAACUGGCUAUGAGAACGAGCUUGCUUACCGUAAAAAUGAUGGGUCUUUUACUGUGUUUCAAGGCGAUCAAAGUAGCACCUGGUUGACAGCGUAUGUUGCCAAGGUGUUUGCCAUGGCCAAAGAUCUGGUGGCAGUGCAAAACCACAUCAUCUGUGACGCUGUCAAGUUUCUGAUUCUCAAUGCACAGCAACCUGACGGCAUGUUUAGAGAAGAUGGAUAUGUGUUCAGUAGUGCAAUGCGAGCUGGUACAGAUUCAGAUGCCUCCAUGACGGCCUUCUGCCUUAUUGCUAUGCAGGAGUCACGCACAAUAUGCGAUCAAUCUGUAAAUAGUCUGCAAGGCAGUAUAGACAAAGCAGUGGGCUACCUGGAGACGCGUCUGCCCAACCUCAUCUACUCAUAUGCUGUUGCCAUUACAUCAUAUGCCCUGGCCAAUGAAAACAAACUCAACCAGAAGAUCCUCUACAAGUUUGCUUCCUCAGACUUGUCCCACUGGCCAGUACUGGGGAAUAAAGGAUAUACACUGGAGGCCACAGCUUACGCUCUUCUUGCUCUGGUCAAAGCAGAGGCCUUUGAAGAAGCCACACCUGUGGUCAGAUGGUUCAACCAACAGCAGAACGUGGGCGGAGGCUUUGGAUCAACUCAGGCUACUAUAAUCGUGUACCAGGCUGUAUCUGAGUACUGGGCCAAUGCUAAAGAACCAGAGUAUGAUCUUAAAGUGGACAUCUUGUUGCCAGGCAGGUCAAAGCCUGACAAAUUUGUUGUCAAUAGUGAAAACCACUUUACCACAAGGACAUCUAGAAUGAAAGUUAUAAACCAGAAUGUGACAGUGACUGCUAGUGGCACAGGAGAAGCAACAGUCAAAAUGGUGUCGCUGUAUUACGCUCUGCCUAAAGAAAAGGAAAACUACUGUCAGGAGUUUAACUUGUCUGUGGAGCUCAGACCAGAAAGUGAUGGGAAAACAUACAAGCUGACACUAAAAGUUUUGUUUAAGGACACACGGCGUAUUGCAACCAUGUCAAUUUUGGAUAUUGGCUUGUUAACUGGCUUCACCGCUAACACAAAUGACCUUAACUUAUUAUCCAAAGGACCUGCCCGCAUCAUUGCAAGAUAUGAGUUAGACUCAGCCCUGUCAGAAGGAAGUUCAGUCACCAUCUACCUGAACAAGGUAAGACAGCACUUUCUUCCUCUUCCCUUUUCUCUCUCCCUUGUUCUUUAUUUUGUUAUCUCUAUCUCACAUUUGUUUUACAUCUCUCCACAGGUUUCUAACGUACAACCAGAGGAGAUCACAUUUAGGAUCCAUCAGCAGAUGAGUGUGGGCGUCUUACAACCAGCUGCUGUGUCUGUCUAUGAAUACAAUAACCCAACACCUUGUGUGAAGUUCUACCAUCCAGAGAGGAGAGCUGGACAGCUACUGCAGCUCUGUAGAAAUGAUGUAUGCAGAGAAUGUGCUGAAGAGAACUGCAGUAUGCAGAAGAAGGGCAACAUCGACAACGAUGAUCGCACAGCUAAGGCCUGUGAGAGUACUGAGACCAACAAAAUAGAUUUUGUGUACAAAGUGGAGCUGCAGAAGUUUGAAGAUGGUUUGUCCACUGACGUUUACACAAUGCGAGUACUGAAAGUCAUCAAAGAAGGAACUACUGAUGUGGGUCCUCGGGGUAAACAGCGCACAUUCCUCAGUCCUAUGCACUGCAGGCAGGCUUUAGAUCUGAGAGAAGGCAAAACCUACCUUAUAAUGGGAACGUCCAAAGAUAUUAAGCACGAUGAUCAAGAUCAGUUAUAUCUGUAUGUGCUCGGUGAGAGAACCUGGAUCGAGUACUGGCCCUCAGAAGCAGAGUGUCAAACUGAGGAAUAUGGAAAUACCUGUAGGGGCCUAGAGGCGCUGGAACAGGGGUAUGGACUCUUUGGAUGUCAGCAGUAGUAAAUUUAAGGAAAUCAAAUGUUUCUUUUCGAAUAAUCUUUACUAUGCAUUGUUCUUAUGAUAUAAAACUUCUACUGUUUUAAGAUAUAGGGGCUGCAAAAGUUACAAUAUUACACUGCAUUGAUUAAAAUGUAAUGGUCUUAAUCUCAUUGUCUUUGUUUUAUGUACAAAUUAACUUUUGGUUAAUGUAGAAACUUCCAAAUAGUUCAAUAGUAUCACUGUUAUAUUGAUUACUGUAUUCUAAGCUUUGAUGAGUUCAACUCAAAGUUGAAGUUAAUAUGUAAUAAACUUUGACAAUGUUGAA